AUGCACUAUAGGAAGGAAGUUGUCAGACGCUAUCUAGCUGAUAUUGAACUCCAAAAGCCGACUCAAAUUGACGUAUUACAGGCUAUGUGGAUGAUCAGUAAAACUUGGAAUAAAGUCACUGAAAGAACAAUUACAAAUUGUUUCAAGAAAAGCGGAUUUAAGUGUGAAGAUGAAGAUAACGAUGUGCCCCUCGCAGAACUUGUGAAGAUCUGGCAAGCUACUAGUGCAAAUGAGGAGGAAGACUCGACAUCCAUACAACUGACUGACUUCGAAUUUGUGAGCUUCGAUGAUGAUUUAGCAGUCUGUGGAGAACUGACUGAUGAUGACAUUGUCACAUCUGUAUUGCCAGUAUGUAAAGGAGAAGAGGAAGAAAGCGAAGAAGAAGAAAAUGAAAUUGAGGAACGUGAAUUGACAAUUAAUGAUGCUCGUAGAGCUCUAAAUGUAAUGAAAUCUGUAUUUCUGCAAAAAAAUGUUUUGAGUGAGGGUAUAGUCACAUCAAUAAAUGAAUUGGAUUGCGCAUUAGAUUUCAUAGCUAUCACUACUUCCAAGCAGACGACAAUAUAUGAUUUUUUCUCUGUUUAA